CGCACGGCGAAAUCAAACACACCCCAAAAGCGCGGCUGACGUGUGCGGCCCCUGAACGCAGCACGGCCGCCGCACAUUCGCUGCCCCGUGAGUGGCGGAGGCGGACACCUGAUUGGCGGCCGGCCGAACCGCUCCGGUUCCGCCCCCCGAACAUUCCUCAUCUCCUCUCACGAGACUCGACGACGACGACGUGCCGCGGCCGAAGGAAACGGACCGAAGACAACGCGUCAGGUCCAUGUUGGGUCGCGGCGUGAAGAGGAAGUUGAGCUGCGCGGAGGGUUCGGAGGAGUCGCGCGGGCCCGACGGCGCGGAGGUGACCUCGAGCGGUCCCGGCGACGCCGGCGACAUGCGUCGGCGCGUGCUCGGCCUCAGCCUGGAGAAGCUGCAGCGCUACCGGGCCGGCGUCGAGCUCAGCCUACGCCGCUCGGUGCUCCUCGUCAACACGCUGCGGCAGAUCCAAGACGACAUGCGAGGCGAGGUCCAGCAGAACCUGAACGCGGUCUUCGGCGCUCCGGACUCUUCCGUUGUGCGCGUGGAUCUCAAGUGUCCCGGCUGUGCCGAAGGGGGCCGAGAACGUCCAUCCUCAACACUGGAGUCCUCCUCCCAGGAGGUGAACUUUGGCGAGAUGAACGCCGUGGGCUACCUCGGCGACCUGGCCCCGGACGACAUCUUCGAGGACAUCGACACGUCCAUGUACGAGACCUCGGACGUGUUCGGGGGCUGGUCGGCCGGCGCUCUGUGGCCGAUCAGCGUGUCCGUUUGGGCGGGCGAGGACGGCAGAGGCCCCGCCGGGGGUCGGCCGUCGUGUCUGAUGGACGUGAAUGAACUGGACCGCAUCAUGGAGAUCCUGGUCAAGUCCUGAUACACCAAAAGUGGGCGUCCGUUCCUCGUGGAUUCUUGCCGUUCAAGGCCGACUCGUUGGCUGUCCUCUUUAUCCUCGCCGGAGAAAGGACUGCGUCUAACCGGGUCGCCGUUUUGGGUGAAACGCGCUGAGACGGAUCGGGGUGUCGGAAGUUGACUUGCGAUAGUCUCAGAGGGGGAACGCCUACUGUUGGUCAGGGGAUUCGCAAAAGCCGCAACAAACGCUGCUGCGUUGAAAGCAACUGUUGUCGUCACAAAACGGCGUCGUCACGUGAUCCGAUUGCACUCGAGUCGUGUCGCGAGGUCCUGAGUCCGAGGCGCAAAUGAAUUUAUUUCCCGCGAGAGGCGUAAAACGACCAACCUUGUUUCGUCGCUGUCCUAAAACUGAUACCCAAUAGUUGCGAAAGGCACAGACCAACUCCGGAUUGGGCAACUUUGGGGGAAAGACGGCGCGAAAGGGACAGAUCAAAUCUCGAGGGUUUGAGCUGACAAGCGGGCUAACGUCGCUUGCGUCCCUGAACGUCGCAACCCGCUGGCUGGGGACUCGGAAGGUUUCAACUUCCCGCGACUCGAGUAGUCUCCAGGGGGGCGUCUGGACCAGGGUGGACUCGGGUCGCCGUUUGGACUCCAGGCCAGUGCGACCCUGACAAUUCAACCGCUAGCCUCUUAUCAAUAAUUCUUCACGCGUGCUCAAAAAGCAGCCACGAGAUUCUUCUUUGUGGCAUUUAUCAUUCAGAUCUGUUGUCAUUUCGACAAAAAGUGGAACUCGCGUCACCACCAGGGCGACUUUGCUGACAUUCGCCCGCCCAUUCUAAGCUCAUAUCGAAGCCAUUACACGCCUUGACGCUCCUGUGAAUCAAUCGUUCCAAAUUUGAGCUUUCUCGUGACGAGUCCAAAUCCCGUCCGCCUCAUUUGCUGGCGCACCUCUGGCCGUGUCCACGUGUUCAAAAGUGACGCCGUUUUUACAUUUAUUAAUCACAAUCUAAAUCUGAAACCGUUCGUCCAUUCUGGCGUGCAUUUCAACCAAUCAGAAAGCUGACAAAAAAAAAAAACGAGGUCCAUUUUUGCUCCGGUUUGCCCUUGUGAGGCGGGACGACGAGUUAGCACACCUGCCUCACGGUUCCGUGGACCGGCCUUCGAAUAGUCGGGAUUUGAAGCGACCGUGAGGCCGGGUGGCGUUUGCGUGUUCUCCCCGUGCCCGCGUGGCUUUUCUCCGGGCUGUGCUUUCCUCCCACAACCCAAAAACACGCACGGCCGGUCAAGCCGAAGAACCCAAGUUGCCCCGUCGCUCCGCACGUUUUGUUUGUUCAUUUGUGGCACGCGAUUGGCCGGCGACCAUUCCAGGGCGUACGCCGGCUCUUGACCAAAGACUCCCGGGACGGGCGCCGGCGCGCCCGGGGACCCGUGUUAGGACGAACGGAACGGAAGAUGAAUGCAUGAACGAUGAACUACUCACGAUCAGUUUGGAAAAGCACUCGUAUGCCAAUGUGAAGCGACAAGGAGAGUAAGUGCGAGUGGACUCGUUUGGCUUGGCGAAUUCCGUUCUUACUGGCACAUUUUUACAGAAAAAUUGGAUUGCGCCAGUCAGUCAGUCAGUCCAGUCUGCCCAGACAAAGUAGAAAAGUUUUCGUGAUGGUACACGUCGACGCGCUGCACGUUUCCACGUCUUUUUGUGCAGUUUGAAAGUCAUGUCGAAAAUGGGGUUCGCAAACGCUUCUGGAAGUGCGACUUUUAUGAAUGAAUAAAAGCGCACGGAACAAAUGGGGAAAAUGGGGGGGGGGAGCUUUUGUCAAUAUCCGAGUUCUCGUGGGCACGAUCCGGGCGGGCCCCUCGGGCCCCUCCCUUCUUCUGAGCUCCGGCUUCAUGUUUCCUGACAGGCGGACGAGCAAGCGGCCCAGGGAGGGGGAGGAUGGAAAGCGAGGGCUGGCUGGGGGGGGGGGGCAGCUCGUGUCACUCAUCCAGUGGGAGGAGCCUGCAGCUUGUUUUCUCCAGCUCAGCCAAUCGUGUGCCGCGUACGCACCGGUCACUUGUUUUCUUGUUUUUGGGCCUUUGUCUGAUGUGUGGAAAAACACAAGAGCGCUGACUGCUUCGAUACCCUAUUUAUCCAUCCGUCCUUUAUCUGAGCCCCUUAUCCUCACAAGGGUCGCAGGGCACGUGGAGACCGGCGACAGUCGCGCUGGGGCCA